UUUGCAAUCCCAUCCGUCCCUAGGGGCUAGGGGCUAGGGGCUAGGCCGCUCCUCCCUCCCUAAUCAAAACCCAACUCAACCAACCUUAAUACCACUGUUCACCAUUUAUCACAGGGAAUAAUUGUCCCCCAUAUAUUAAUCCCCUCCUCUCACCACACCAGAGCUCACAAGCCACAGCACUUGCUCUUGGUCUUGAAGGAGAGAGGAGUUCCACAGGGCGGGCAAGCAAGAGGAGAGGCUGCAAGCAAGGAGGAGAUGGAGCUGGACGAGCAGGCCUUCUUGGAGGAGAUCCUCUCCCUGAAGAGGGACGCGUGGGAGUGCAAUGCCAUGGGGGACUUCUUCUCCCCGGCGGCGGCCGCCAUGGACUGUUCCUUCCAAGAACGCCACCAGCCGCCGCCCACUAUCAGCGUCCUCCCCACCUUCACGGCUUCCUACGACCAGCCGCAGCCGGGGUUCGACUGCCUCAGCGAGGUAUACGGCGCCGCCGCGUUCGGCGGCCCCAAUGACGGCGGCUACGGCGGCGAUAUGGGGUUUCUUGAUGUCAUCGAGCCCAAGGCGCCCCUGGUGGAGGUCAGCGGCCUUGGGGUCUGCAAGGUGGAGCCCGGGCUGGCGGAGAGCGCCGGCGCGGCGCUGCCGGCGCCGGCGUCGAAGAAGAAGAGGGUGGAGGGCAUGCCGUCCAAGAACCUGAUGGCCGAGCGCCGCCGCCGCAAGCGCCUCAACGACCGCCUCUCCAUGCUCCGCUCCGUCGUGCCCAAGAUCAGCAAGAUGGACAGGACAUCGAUCCUCGGCGACACUAUCGACUACAUGAAGGAGCUGCUGGAGAGGAUCAAGCUGCUGCAGCAAGGGAUCGACCAGCAGCUGCAGGAGGAGACGCCGGGCAUGCUCAGCGUGUUCCGGGAGCUGAACCCCAACGAGAUGGUCACCAGGAACACCCCCAAGUUCGACGUGGAGAGGAAGGAGGGCGGCGAGACCCGGGUGGAGAUCUACUGCGCGGCGAAGCCCGGGCUGCUGCUGUCGACGGUGAGCACGCUCGACACGCUGGGGCUCGACAUCCAGCAGGCCGUCGUCAGCUGCUUCAACGACUUCGGCAUGCACGCCUCCUGCUCCGAGAUGCAGAGGGAUAGGAUCAGCGCAGACGUGAUAAAGCAGGAGCUGUUCAAGAACGCCGGCUAUGGAGGAGGCUGCUUGUAGAGAGGACUGGAGGAGGACGAAGGAGAGCAGCAAUAAAUUAAGCAGUAGUGGUAGCAGUAGCAGCAGCAGUGAGUAGAAGAAGCAGGGCAGGAGUUAAAAGGCAGAGGCAGAUUUGGGAGGCCUUUUUGCAAUCUAUCUCCCCAUCAUAACCAACCAUGUGGAGUAUGUAGUACUCUAUCAUCACAGCUGUGAUGAAUCUUCUCCGAUUAACAACAAAGCUUGCUGCCUUUUUAAUGAUUGAUCAGUUCUGCUUUUCGCACCCCCAUUUUUUUUAUUGUUCCUCAGCUCUGUUCAUGGUUGUAUCAAGGCAAUGUAUGUUGGAAAUGAAUGUCCAGUUGAGUCUGUGAUUUA